AUGACAAGUAAAGGAAUUGUGACUCCAGAUGUCGUCCAUGAUAAGUCCAGUCGCAAUUAUGUUUUAUCCUGGACAAACAACCUGUUGAAGACAAACUUCAGGGAUGUGCGGCACAUGGGCUCAGGUGAUAUACCAGAGUGACUAUAACUUAUUCAACACUCUAGUGUGCACACAGUCAUUGUUUCUCACUGCCAAACAAAAAAAGUUGCUGUUUUCUCACUCAGCAAAAACAACACUUUCUUAACAGUUUUCUAACAUGCAUGUGACCCUACAGGUGCCUGUCACUGCCAGAUUACGGACUGGGUUAUUCCUGGAUCUAUUGACAUGUCCAAGGUUAUCUUCGAUGCAAAAGAUGAGGAGGACUUUAGGCACAACUUUCGCCUUGUUCAAGAGGCCUUCUGCAAGAAUAACGUCAGAAAGGUUUGUGCAUUUAAGUUCUUUGGUAGUAUAGCAUUACGGAUCACUUUUACUUACUUAAACAUGUAUAAGGAGCAUUGAGCAAUGUUCUACAGCGAGAUGUACAUGAGAUGGUGUACCUGUUACCAUAUUUGUACAAAGAAAAUAGGUUGUAUAAGCCUAGUUUUCCUUAUAAAUCUGCAAGUUUCGAUCUUUCCAUUUCUAUUGAUAUAGAUAUAAAAUUAAUUUAAAGACUUGAAUGUGCUCACCUAUGAAAACAAGUUGUCGUCUUUAUUAUAUUUUUUGUCCUUACCUUGAAAAGAGUAUUCUCUGAAAUGUCAAUUGACCCCCUAAUUGACUCUUAAACUACAGUUAUUUAAACUAGAAAUCUAAACCUAUCAUGGUUAAAUUUUCUUUAGAUUACAAACUUACAAUACCUUGAAUGUUUGCAUUAAUGUAUACAUGACCUGUAAUGUAUUUAUUAUUCCCUUGUUUCCCUUGUUGAAUAUGAAAGUUAAAGAAAUAGUAAAAAUAUUUAAUGUCUUCAUUUGUCUUGAUUUAGACCAUUCCAGUGGAGGAGCUCAUAAAAGGGGAUUUCAGAUGCAGCUUUGACACUCUGAAGUGGUUCAAAGCUUUUUUCUCGGCAAACGUGAAAACUCAUUAUGAUCCUGUGAGAGCUCGGAACAGCUGCGAAAUCAGCCCCAUCCUGGGAGAUACCAUCAUAAAAGCCAAGUCACGCAAAUGUAAGUCAUCUCUUUAGUUGACUGUUAUAAAACAAACAAACAAACAAACAAGAUUCUUCUGUAUACAUCAGACAUGCAGGGUCAUUUCUGUGCAGUAAUAUAUUCUCUCUUUUUUUGUAGUUCUAGCUAAACCGAUGUCACACGUGGAGAACGGCGACACCCCGAGUAGGUUCACCUACUCAAAAAAGUGGAGGAAUAUUUAUGAUUGGGCAGAGCCGAGCAAGCUGGGAGAGGACUAUACCUACUGUCGUUCCUGUGACAGGAACCUGCUCACAUAUCGUAGAGGCCUUAUUGAACUCAGGAGACAUCUGGACACAAAAAUACACCGGAAAAGACUUAUGUCUUACAUGAGCAAUACGCAGCAAAACCAGUCCUCGGAAUCAUUGCCUUGCAGCAAAGAAAGCAUUCGAUUUAUCUACAAGCGGUUUUACACCGGCUCCUCUCAAGGCAAACAGGUGUCAAGAAAUUUUGCACGCUUUAAACUGGGGCCACAUUACCCCGAAGAUGUCAAAUCUGUCUGUCAGCACACACCUUACUGUGCGUACGUCUACUGCGGGGAAAAGCUAGAAAAGGAUGAAACCGUCUCUUUGGUCCUUCUUGGGUUCUUUGACGUUUACACUUCCAGGCACUGCAUCAAAUUCCUGGACGCUCUUCCAUCAGUGGGUGGCGAGGAAGAUAAGACGGCUGAAGCGGUGGUUGAAACCUUCAGAAAAUUUGAGUUAUCCACGGAUAAUCUCGUAGCUGUGUACUGUGAUGCUAACGGAGCAGCCUCAGAGUCGAUCUGCUCACAGCUCAGGGAACUCAACCCCAACUUUGUAGCUCUAGGAGGGCUGUACACCAUCGCUGAUGCUGCCUGCCAUGUAGUGAUCAAGGAGCUCUCCAACCAGGUCCAGGAGUUGAUCGGGGACAUCGGCGCUCACCACUCCUCCUGCAUUGAGAAGAAUGAAAAGCUCACAGCUCUUUUUGGCAGUGAUGUCAGUACGGACAGUACAUCAUUUCUACUCAACACCAGCUGCCUUCAGUUUUGCCUUUUUGUCACAAAAAUGCUGGAGAUAUGGACGGAUCUUGUGUCAUACUUUGAGUCUUGCACCAAGGAUGACGACAAGGCCAAGUCCAUCUGCUUCCAGUUGCAGGAUCCCAAACUCAGGGCAACGUUCAUGUUCCUGGAUCACGCCCUGAAACCGCUGCACAAUUUCCAGAAGCAUGUGCAGAAAAAAAGGGAAGCUGCCAGAGAUGAUCUGCUGCUCAUUCUCGAAGAGGCCAGUAAACUGCUGAGUAUCUACACUUCCUACUUUCUUCACCCUCAAGCUGCUGCCCGCUUCCUCAAAGAACACGAUCCCCAGAUCCUCAAGAACAAGAAAUUCCACCUGCAGACCCCUGAGCUCAAUCUGGGAGGCAAAACUGUGGAAGACUUCCUAAAAGAGUCUGAGGAUGCAGAUGCACUGCCGAGGCUCACAGAGGAGGUGUUGUCCUUCUAUAUUGCAGUCACAGGUUGCAUCGCAGAGGAGCUGCCUCUGAGUGAGGGGGUGCUGAGGAGUGUGGCACAGCUGCUGAAUCCCCAGAGCAGGGAGAAAGUGACAGGGAAAGCAGUGGAGGAGCUUGGGACCAAGCUGGGAAUCUGCAGCUCCCCUGAAGAGGUCAGCCAGCUAACAAGUGAAUUCCUCGAGUAUCAGCUGGCAGAGGAUGAAGAGAAAGAAAACCAAGAAGCAGCAUCACUGGAGAAACACUGGGCCAGUGUGCUGAAAGACACCAAACCGUCUUCCAUAUUCAGAAAGCUGGUUUUGACCCUGUUGUCUUUUCCCUGUCCUCCACUCAAGGCGCAGCAGGUUUACACUCAGGUAUGCAAAUGAUGUAAUAAAUCAGUGUUAGUCUGUAUUUGUUCAAAGUGUUAUCAAAUGUAAUACAUGUUCUGUCUUUCUCAGGCCUUUGAAAAGGAGGACUCUGCACACUUCUCAGAGAGCGAAUGCGACAUCUUAUCCGACAGUUUCUUCUCUGAAAUCAGCAGCAAAGACUCACCAAUUUACAUUGCAGGUAUGCAUUAUGAAAGGGUUUCAGGAAGAAUGAUUUGUUUAUUGUGGGUGUGAAAGGGGGUUUAGUUGAUCUGAAUAAAAAGUCAGGUCAUUGUAUUCUCCUCAUUUUCUAGAUCUGGAGGGGUAUAAUAUGAGGUCAUGUGAGGUCCGUCUCAUGAACAUAAACGGUAAGAAAAACAAUUCUUUGCUUUUUAUUAACAUAAGCAGCGUGCACUAUGUGAAGGACAUGCUUUGUGUUUACUUAGAAAUAUGUAAUUCAACUUUUGAAAAUGUUAAAGGAAAUCUUGAUAUAAGUUCUUAACCCUGAGCGCUGGUCUCUAUGCGCUCGUCUUCCUUCUCUUGAUAUAUUGUUGAAUUAGCAAUCAAAUGUCUCAUAAUAUUACCUACUCUUGAAAGAUUUUGUCCUGUCUCCUUACACAGAAUUAAAGGAUGACAACGGCUUUAUUCAGGGGGAAAAUGGCAUCAUUUGGAAAGAUGCACCAGAGGUAACAGAGUUUUCCUUUCUUCAGAUAUUUUACUUCCUAAUCUACUUCCUACUUUCUUUUUAAUAAGUCACUGUUACAAUAAUGUCUGUUAUUUGAUCAUAACUACCGUCAGCUACACGAUUACAGCAGAAAUUAGAGCGCAGUAGAAUCUACUCUUCCUUCGUCAAAAAAUGGCUUCAGAUGAGAUUCUCAGCUUCCACUCACUCCGAGUGAAAUUCCUACUUUUAAUUCCCUCAUGCUUUUAACAAAUCUUUCACUAAUCUUUCAUUUCUUUUGCAUGAGAAGGUGUGUGUGUGUGCAGUGUGUGUCAGUGUGCAUUUGCAUGACCUUUAAUUUUUGGUGUAAUGGGAGUGUGUUGUCUCUCAGGGGACCCUUAGGGGGAAUUAUGGCUGGGAGAGCAGCUUGCGCCAGAAGCCACAGGCCCGUACAGUGUUUCAGGCUGGUGCUAGCAGCUGGUCCAAACCUGUAAAUCUUGAUAAAGAACCGAAGUCCCAAGAUGAGGGGGUAGGUAUACUCAAGUAUACUACCAGAAUACCCCUGGGCAGUAACAGCCCUCUUUUUUUCUUUGACCUCUGAAACUAUGGGGUACCAAAAAUGUCAUAAUAAGAAAUAAAUAAAUAAAUGCAGAAAUAAAUCCAAAAAUGAAUAAUCAAAUGCUUAUAUCUUUUUUAAUUAUGAUAUUUAUAUUUAUUUAUCUAUUUCCUCAAUCGUGCAUGUUGAUAUAUAAAUAAAUUAAAAAAUGCAUGUACAAUUGAGGUGAUAGGUAAAUGAAUAAAUGUAACAAUAGAACAAUAAAAACCUAAAAUACAAGCAUUUAUUUAUGUAUUUAAUUCUGCAUUUAUUUAUUUAUUCAUUUAUUUAUUUUUAUAUUUAUUUCAGCAUUUAUUUAUUUAUUUCAUUUUUUUUAAUUAUGUAAUUUUUGGUCCCUCAUAUGAAACACCACUAGAACAUUAAAAAAACUCAAUGCUGCAACACCCUGAAUAAAAACGAGGGGCACGGCUUGAUUGAAAUUGGUCACAUUUGUUUUCUUUUGAAUCUCAUGUGAAAUCUACUUCAUUGGAAAAUUGCAAAUGAAUUCAAUUUGUGCAACUUAUUCAAGCCAGAAACCAAAUAAUAAACUAUUUAAACUGGAUGGAGUAAUUAAAAAUUUAAUUUGAUUUGGUGAAAUUACUUGACAAAAAAGUUUUCAAAAUCUGGGAAUGAAUCCAAAUUUAAGCCUCUUUUUUGUUAUUUGCUCAAACUCAAAACUGCUGUUAAUAAAACCCCAAUUUCACAGAAGUUGAGUUGCUGCAUAAUAUGUCGAUAAAAACAGAAUUUAUUUGUUUGCAAUUUGAGUUAGUUUGGACAGAGACAACAAAACCUUGAAGAGGUUGUUGAAUACUACAAAGUUUAAGAGCAUCUCCCAACUAAUCACACUAAUCUCCAACAUGACUUGGUAUAGAGGGGCACCCCUGUGGGGGAAAGACGAGGAUGAUGGUGGUCACCUCUCUGCUUAAGACUAGGUGAAGAAAUUGAUUUGCAAUUCCAGUUUGAUGAACCUGAUCAUGAUUUCACAAAGAUUUCAUCAUCAUGAGGGUUUCAUCAUCUACAAAACAUUGCAUUUAAAGAUUGAUACUGGAACAUCUGUGAUCUUCAAGCCCACUACAGUAACACCAUGUAUUACAAAAUCAUGGCCCCAAAGUAGAAGAGUCCAUGCGCUGAACUGAACUACAUUUUCUAUCAAACAAUAUUUCAGUUUCAACAUUCGACUUGUUGUCUUUGUACUGUCUCCAAUGAAAUAUAGGCUAUGAUGAUUUGCAGACCACCAAAUUGUGUUGUUAUCUACAUUUCACACAGUGUACCAAGUCUUACGGGGUUGUAUGUUUGCAUUAGUGUGACGAGUCUGGUGAGAAAGAGUGACAACUGCUGCUGUUAACUUACAAUUUGCAACUGGUGAGACAGAGGCAGAGACAGAGUUUAGUCCUCUUCUGUAAACAUCUUAUUCACUAAAUAAUAUGCAAGAUGUGUUUUUGUUGAUCAAGAAGCAGAUCGUCCUUACUGUAAAUUACUUCUGGCUGCACACUUAUUCGUUUUAAAUAAUGUUUACUGUUAGAGUGAAGAGGAGACAACCACUAAAUCAACACCACGAGGACGACGGAGGAGGGCCUACCAGGUAAAAAAAAUGACACAAUCAAGAAGUGUGUUAAAUAAUUCGUGUCAGAGUUAUCUGUGUUUGUUUUUUUUGUUUUGUAUGUGAAAGAAUUAUUAACAGGUCUUUUCCGUUUUUGGCUUCAGGAUGGAAAAGGAUUUCGGGUAGGAGAGCUGGUGUGGGGCAAAGUGCAGGGGUUCUCUUGGUGGCCUGGGAUGGUGAAGCCUUGGAAAACUAAGCUUUCUCCUCCUGGGAUGCGGCUGGUGGAGUGGUUUGGAGACGGGAAGUUCUCAGAGGUCAGAAGUGCAGAAAAAAUCCUCAGCAUCAUGCACAUCACGUGUCGAAACGAAAUCUUACAUUGUCGUAAUUUCUGAUUGCAGAUCCACACAGAGGGUCUGCUGUCCUUGAGUUACUUCACCAGGUGCUUCUGUCAGAACUCUUACGCCAGCCUGCCAAUCUACAAGCAAGCCAUCUACCAUGUCCUCGAAGUAAGACGCAAAAUAUAAAAAUCCCAGUGUGUGAUAACAUUCAUGUCAAUUGUGCUUAAGCUUCUCUCCUAAAAUUAUCUCCUUAUCUAACCAAACAAACUUACAACACAGUGCCAAACUCAGAAAACUUCGACUAAAUUACCUCAAGACCAGAGUGUGAUUGAAAAUUUCCUGAACUGUCACUCUAAUAGACCACAGGACAUUCCUUCCAGUCCUUUGACAUUUAUUUAUCUGCAUAUAAGACUAAUGUAGAUCUACCAUUAAGAGAACAGGUGAGCAGAAAGUUUGCCACUGCAGCCCAAGAGCCUUAAAGACAAUCUCUCUUUGUUAACAGUGAAAUAAUAUAAAUAAAUCACAGUUAAAUAAUAAUAAAACAUAAUUUGCCGUUUUAGACACGGUCGUAUGGAGCUAACUACUCAGGAACUUUUAAUAACUCGUUGCUUUAAAUAUUCAUUUUUCAGCUGGCAGGUGAGCGCUGUGAAAAGUCUUUCGCUGCAGCAGGAGGAGACAAAGAAAAAGAGAUAAAGCUGAUGCUGGACUGGGCUACGGAGGGAUUUUUGCCUGAGGGACCGGACGGAUUUGCACCUCCUGGUAGGAAUUAACUUGUUAACUAAUGACUAGAUAAGAGAGGUGAAUUGUAGAUGUGUCCAUCUAGGCCUUCCAUGAUUUCACUUAAACAUUGUUUUCUGUUCAAAUCAAACAUCUUACAACGCUUUCUGUCCAUGAAACUUCUCUUGACUUUGUCUGCUCUGAACUUUCAGAUUCUAUCCACUGUAAUUCACAUCAGGACUCUUCUGACUCCGCCCUGUCCGACUAUCAGCCUCCAGCAAAAAGGAAAUACGUCUACAAAAAUAAGGCGAAUAAUGUAACCAUGAUCUACGACAGAGGUACAAAUAUGAUGAGCCUACAAGCACGAUGACGCCUCAUGAUUCAAUGAUGAGUUCUGUCUACUUUUAUCAUCAUUUUGUUUCUAAAUGUAUGAUUUGUUUAUCAUAAUUUGCUUCACAGAAUCAAUACCAGAAAAAGCCAAAAGGAAGGGAAAAACGAUCGAGGGUAAGAAAUGAGGAGGAUCUAGUUGUUAUUUAAAAAAUCUGACAUUUAAUUCUUGUUCUAAAGUCUUUGUUUGUGAUUCCAGAUGUUUGUCUGUCCUGUGGAUCCUAUGAGAUUGACGUGGCGCACCCGUUAUUUGAAGGGGGUCUUUGUUUUAGAUGCAAGGUAAUCCAGCAACCUCAUGGUCUAACCUGGUUUACUUAUGUUUUGCUUUUCUCCAUCCUAGUCCAGUUUAUAAAUGUCUAAUCUCAAUCUGAAACACAGCUGCUAUUAACAACCUAAAUGCUGCCAAACCACUAUGUUCACAGAUGAACUUCACUGAGACGCUGUACCGCUAUGAUGAAGAUGGCUACCAGUCAUACUGCACAGUGUGCUGCGCCGGCCUCGAGGUCAUUCUGUGCGGCAACUCCAGCUGCUGCAGGUAAACACGGCUCAGUGCAGACCAGGACAGACAUGUUGAUCCUAAAAACUUCAGUCACAUUGAGUCUUAAACUAUAUUAGCAGAAUUUGACAUUCACAAGUACGACUUUGGAUGUUCUUUGUCACUUCUAGAUGUUUCUGUAAGGACUGCCUGGAUAUCCUGGUGGGCCCAGGAACCUUUGACAAAAUGAAAGAUAUCGAUCCCUGGAGCUGCUACUUCUGUAAGCCGUCACAGUGUGAGGGGAACCUCAAACUCAGACCAGACUGGAGCGUGAAGAUUCAGGACCUCUUUGUCAACAACAGCGCCAUGGAGUUUGUACGUACAACAGAGAGGCUGAGACGUGCUCUCUUGAAACAUUUAAAGGUUUACUACGGGAUAUUGACAAUUUCUAAAAACAGCUGUUUACUUUUGUUGACCACAGGAGCCUCACAGAAUCUACCCCUCAAUCCCUGCUGACCAGCGCCGACCAAUCAGGGUGCUCUCGCUCUUUGACGGCAUUGCAACAGGUUGGUUCAAAUCUUGUAAUGUCAGAUAAAUUCAUAAACCCUGUGAUCUUUUUGUUAAAAUGAGAAUAAAUCAAGUUAAAAGUUGAACUAACAGAUCAGAUGUUACAGUGAAAAAUUGUUUUUUUAUCAAGUUUCUUUUCUUCAAAACUCAACUUUAACUCCUGUGUGAUCGUGACAGGAUACUUAGUGCUCAAAGACCUCGGCUUAAAGAUUGAGCGCUACAUCGCUUCAGAGAUUUGUGAGGAUUCCAUCGCUGUGGGGAUGAUCAAGCACGAAGGAAAGAUCGAAUACGUCAAUGAUGUUCGUACCAUCACAAGGAAACAUGUGAGUACAGGACGGAGUUAUUCCACUGCUUUUCAGUGUGUUUUUAAUCAGUAUAUGCAAACAUCACUAUAAAACAAAUCUGAUCUGAAGGUAGCCGUCUUUAUUCAUUUCUGUUUACGGUCCAUUUUGAAAAUGCUGAAAACCAAAUGAAAAUGUGUGUCACAGCUGGCUGAAUGGGGCCCAUUUGAUCUGCUGAUUGGAGGCAGCCCGUGUAACGACCUGUCCAUGGUCAACCCUCUACGAAAAGGAUUAUUCGGUAAGCAGCCUCUAAACUUCUACUAAAUUAAACUAUUUUUGCAGCGUUGAGUACUUAAAACUAAACAAGGUGUUUGCAGAAAGGAAAACUAAAGAACUAAGGUCACAGAGAGCUGUUGCACUGAAAGUUUUAGACCUGCAAUCUUCUGUUUUAAAUCCUUUCUGUUCAUCUUUCUCGGUUUGACCUGCAGAGGGCACUGGAAGGCUCUUCUUUGAGUUUUAUCGCAUCCUGACCCUGUUGAAGCCAAAGGAGGGCGAUGACCGGCCGUUCUUCUGGUUGUUUGAGAACGUGGUUUUUAUGGCUGCAAAUGACAAGGCAGACAUCUGCAGAUUCCUUGAGGUGAUUAAAUCUGAAAACUAUCAACGUAUCAUCCUGGCUAGGUUUAAGUGUACGGCCUGCAUGAAAUCAUUUUUCUCAUUUUUCACUUUCUCCCUCUUUUAUUGCAGUGUAAUCCAAUUCUGAUCGAUGCGGUCAAAGUGAGCCCUGCUCACAGAGCGCGCUACUUCUGGGGAAACCUCCCGGGCAUGAACAGGUAAAUUUCUUUUAUACCCCUUUCUCGUUUCAUCAUCUCACAUUGGAGGAUGAAAGUACAGUCAUCAUGCGGGUCUCUGUUUCUUUCAAGGCCUCUCGCCACAGCUCUGGAUGACAGAGUUAGCCUCCAGGAUUGUUUGGAAGUCGGACGCAAAGCAAUGGUAAGAGAAAUGCCCCUGCUCUGUUAAAAUCUACUAAAGAUGGAGUCAGACUCUUUUGGUUGAGGAGGCCAAACAGGAGCAUCGAAGGUUAUUUCCACUAAUUACAUCUACUUGAGAUUAGAUUUAGAUUUUAGAUUCGAUUAGUUACAACUUUAUGUAAUCUUUUGGGAGUUUCCUCAAGGAAAUUAAAAUUCCAGCAGCAUUUUGACAGAAGAUAAAAUACAGAAAACUUGUGCGUCUACUUUGAAAGAAUCUGAAACAAGUUAUAGUGUUAUUUAAAAUUUUAACUUUGGAGAUAGCUCGUCAGAGAACCAGAAAAGUACUACCAGCCUGUUCGAUGAUCAGUUGCAUAAGUUUUACCAUGAUUCUUUUUAUCUUGUUUAGUUUGAUAAAGUGCGAACCAUCACAACAAAAAGUAACUCCAUAAGGCAAGGCAAGACGGGGCCACUGCCUGUGAGCAUGAAUGGCAAGGAAGACUACCUGUGGUGCACCGAAAUGGAGCAGUAAGUACAUCUGACUAAAAUACAUCUGCACUGUGUGAUAACCAAAUGAAGAUCUCAGGAAGUGGUGUCUGAUAUUCAGAGUUUUGUCUUUUGUUGUCAUUCAAUAAAUAUUAAUUUAUUAAUGUUAGUAAAAUAAAACAUAACCUAUUCUUUAUAGAAAUGUAUUCCUUUUGAUGCUUGAAAAUGAGAGUGACAACAUAAGAGAGCCAUUUUUAGAUGUAAAUGAUGAGACUCUGAACUGUGAAAUUUUGAGUUAUCAUUACUUGGAUAUUUGAGGUUGUUACCGUGACGACUCAAUAGUUCAGUUUUAGUUUUUUAAACAUCUGUUCAACCUGUGCUGUAGCAUUAAGAAAGGGAUAAUGUUGCACAAGCUAAGUAAAAGAUUAUUUUUAUUUACAUUUCAUUGUUUUCCUCUUCAGGAUCUUCGGCUUCCCCAAACAUUACACAGAUGUCAACAACAUGGGUCGGAAUCAGAGACAGAAAGUCCUGGGUCGCUCUUGGAGUGUCCCUGUUAUUCGUCACCUCUUUGCUCCACUGAAGGAUUAUUAUGAAUGUGAAUAACCACUGUGAACGUAACCUCCUCUCUCCUGUUGGAGCAUCAGCAGUUAACCCACCGCCUUAUCCUGCCCUGCAGUGCGUAGUUUUUAAAACUCCUCCCCUCUGAAAGACUUCAUUUAGAACAGUCAAACA